AUGCUCUCCCACAUUGCUUCCAACUUGUUCCCCCCUCCCUUUCCCUUGCUCCCCAGCUUGCGUCCCCCUGUUCUCUCUUCAGCUCCCCAUGGUCCCCACCUUGUUUCCCUCUGUCCCCCCUUUGCUUCCCCCUUGUUCCCCCCUCCUUUUGUCCUGGUCCCCACCUGUCCCCUUUGCUUCCUCUCUCCCCCUUGUUCAUCUUCCCCCCUUUGCGUCUUCCUUGUUCCGCACUCUCCCCCCAUACUCCCAUCUUCCAUCCCCUUGUUCCCCACUUUGCUUCCACCUUGGCCUCCCUCCCCGUUCCCCUGCUCCCCACUUUGCUUCCUUAUUCACCCCUCCAUUCCCCAUAAACCCAACCUAUCCUUACCCUGCUCUACUCUUUGCUUGCCCGUUGUUCCUUCCUCCAUUUCCACUGCUCCACACCUUGCUAAACCCACAUUCUCCCCUCCCUUCCUCGUAAUCCCUGCCCAGCUUCCCCCAGUUCCCCACCUUCCAUCCCCCAACAUCCCCACCUUCCAUUCCCCGAAUCAUUCCCCUAUUCUCCCCGCCUCAUUCCCCCAUUCUCCCCGCCUCAUUCCCCCAUUUUCCCCACCUCAUUCCCUCCUGCUCCCCGCCUCAUUCCCCCCUGCUCCGCACCUCAUUCCCCCCUUCUCCCCGCCUCAUUCCCCCCUGCUCCCUACCUCAGUCCCCCAUGCUCCCCAACGCAAUCCCCCCUGCUCCCCACCUCAACCCCCCUUGCUCCCCACCUCAACCCCCCAUGCUCCCACUCAAUCCCCCCUGCUCCCCAACUCAAUCCCCCCUACUCCCCACCUCUAUCCCCCCUGCUCCCCACCUCAUUCCCCCAUGCUCCCUAACUCAAUCCCCCUGCUCCCCACCUCAAUCCCCCUUGCUCCCCACCUCAAUCUCCCUUGCUCCCCACCUCAAUCCCCCAUGCUCCCCACCUCAUUCCCCCCUGCUGCCCGCCUCAUUCCCCCCUGCUCCCCGUCUCAUUCCCUCCUCUCCCCACCUCAAUCCCCCUUGCUCCCCACCUCAAUCCCCCCUGAUCCCCACCUCAUUCCCCCCUGCUCCCCGUCUCAUUCCCUCCUGUUCCGCACCUCAUUCCCCCAUGCUCCCCACCUCAACCCCCCUUGCUCCCCACCUCAAUCCCCCCUGCUCCCCACCUCAAUCCCCCUUGCUCCCCACCUCAAUCCCCCUUGCUCCCCAUCUCAAUCCCCCAUGCUCCCCAACUCAAUCCCCCAUGCUCCCCACCUCAUCCCCCCCUGCUGCCCGCCUCAUUCCCCCCUGCUCCCCACCUCAUUCCCCCAUUCUCCCCGCCUCAUUCCCCCAUUCUCCCCGCCUCAUUCCCCCAUUCUCCCCGCCUCAUUCCCUCCUGCUCCCCAACUCGAUACCCCUGCUCCCCACCUCAACCCCCCUUGCUCCCCACCUCAAUCCCCCCUGAUCCCCACCUCAUUCCCCCCUGCUCCCCGUCUCAUUCCCUCCUGUUCCGCACCUCAUUCCCCCAUGCUCCCCACCUCAAUCCCCCUUGCUCCCCACCUCAAUCCCCCCUGCUCCCCACCUCAAUCCACCUUGCUCCCCACCUCAAUCCCCCUUGCUCCCCAUCUCAAUCCCCCAUGCUCCCCAACUCAAUCCCCCAUGCUCCCCACCUCAUCCCCCCCUGCUGCCCGCCUCAUUCCCCCCUGCUCCCCACCUCAUUCCCCCAUUCUCCCCGCCUCAUUCCCCCAUUCUCCCCGCCUCAUUCCCUCCUACUCCCCAACUCAAUCCCCCUGCUCCCCACCUCAAUCCCCCUUGCUCCCCACCUCAAUCCCCCUUGCUCCCCACCUCAAUCCAGCCCGUUUCCCACCUCAAUCCCCCAUGCUCCCCACCUCAUCCCCCCCUGCUGCCUGCCUCAUUAACCCCUGCUCCCCACCUCAUUCCCCCCUGCUCCCCACCUCAGUCCCCCAUGCUCCCCACCUCAAUCCCCCCUGCUCCCCACCUCAAUUCCCACCCUCCGCCAGUCAUGGCCCGACGUGUGCGCAGGCGCACAGGUCAACCACCUGA